AUGAUCGACCUGAAAAGAGAGGAUUGGAAAGACAGACAAAAUAUCCAGAAUGUUGCGACGGGAGAACCUUUUCUAAGUUUUAGUUUUAGACACGAAAAUAUCCAGAAUGUUGCGACGGGAGAACCUUUUCUAAGUUUUAGUUUUAGACACGAAAAUAUUCAGAAUGUUGCGAUGGGAGAACAAUAUAUAAGUUUUAGUUUUAGACACGAAAAUAUUCAGAAUGUUGCGAUGGGAGAACCUUUUCUAAGUUUUAGUUUUAGACACGAAAAUAUCCAGAAUGUUGCGACGGGAGAACCUUUUCUAAGUUUUAGUUUUAGACACGAAAAUAUUCAGAAUGUUGCGAUGGGAGAACCUUUUCUAAGUUUUAGUUUUAGACACGAAAAUAUUCAGAAUGUUGCGAUGGGAGAACAAUAUAUAAGUUAUGGUUUUAGACACGAAAAUAUUCAGAAUGUUGCGACGGGAGAACCUUUUCUAAGUUUUAGUUUUAGACACGAAAAUAUUCAGAAUGUUGCGAUGGGAGAACAAUAUAUAAGUUAUGGUUUUAGACACGAAAAUAUUCAGAAUGUUGCGAUGGGAGAACAAUUUAUAAGUUAUGGUUUUAGACACGAAAAUAUUCAGAAUGUUGCGAUGGGAGAACAAUUUAUAAGUUUUAGUUUUAGACACGAAAAUAUUCAGAAUGGCGCGAUGGGAGAACAAUUUAAAAGUUAUGGUUUUAGAUACGAAAAUAUUCAGAAUGGCGCGAUGGGAGAACAAUUUAUAAGUUUUUAA